GCCUUUAAGUGGGCGCGGCGGCGGGCGGGCUGCAGUCGGGACGCGGCGUUUGUCUGGUUGCAUAGUGAGCGCUCGUCGACUCUUCGCACAAUGGCUGCCGGCUGGGAUGCUUACAUUCAGAACCUCAUGGCUAACGAAGACAGCCACGAUGCGGCCAUCGUGGGCAUUGAGCCGUUCUCGGUGUGGGCCUCGCAUGCAGGCGGCAACCUCAGCGGCGUGCAGGCCAAGCAAAUCGAUGCACUGAUGUCAUCUGAUGUAUCCAGUUUGUACACUAAUGGGGUAACCUUAGGAUCCAAGAAGUAUACCGUUAUAAGACAUGCACUCCAGGACAGUGGCUUUGUAGAUUUAAAGGUCAAGUCAGCAAACGAAGAAGAAAAACGUGCUCUUGCUGUGGCCAGGACUAAGCAGGCACUAAUUUUACUGGAGGGCUCACAUGUGCAAGGUUCAUGUUCCCGAGUAAACAUAAAGGCAUCUCAAUUGGCUGAGUACUUGAAGAGCAGUCAUUACUGAUGGCUUUGCUACAACCUGACUGUGCUACUUAUAUCUUCAUGAGCUUGUCUACUGCAAUUACCCUUUUUAUACUACACUGAAGUGAAAGCAAAGUCUGGUUAAGCUUUAAUGCGGUGUUACUCAAUGAUUCCUGGAGUUUAUUUCCAAUUAUUGCAAAUCUAAUGACAACCACAAGUCAAAUGAUCUUUAAUGCCAAGUGCAGCUGGUGUCAAUAAAUCUCUACCACCCACAUCAACAACUGGUUUGAAUUUUUCUUUUGCCAAGAAAAUGCCCAAUGUUGACUGCACCCAUGAUUGCUGGGUUGAACCACCAGUAAUCAACAUAACGUUUGCAGGCCAUGAUCUGUAGAAAUUGGGGAAAUCUGUAGAAAUUCAUUUUAAGAGCUCAGUGGUAAUGUUGCCACUCUGGGUCACACUUGUGGAGUAUUGUGUUCAGUUCUGGUUGCCUCAUUACAUGAAGGAUGUUGAAGGUUUGAGAGAAUGCAGAGGAGAUUUACUGGGAUACUGCCUGCAUUAGAGAAGAAGUUUACUGAGGAUGGGUUGAGUUGGCUAGGGCAUUUUCUCUUUGGACAAGAGGAUGAAAAGUGGUCUGAUGGAGGUGUAAAAGAUCAGAAACAGGUUUAAUAUCACAGGCAUAUGUCAAGAAAUUAACUUGGACAGCAGUACAAUGCAAUACAUGGAGAAAUAGAAACAAUUACAGUAUGUACAGUACCUAUAAAGUGUUCACCCUUAAGUUUUCAUGUUUUAUUUUACAACUUUGAAUCAAAGUGGAUUUAAUUUGGCUUUUCUGACACCAAUCAACGGAAAAGACUCAUUUCAAAGUGAAAAAGGAUUUCUACAAAUUGGUAAAUGUAUUACAAUUGGUAAACAAAAUAACUGAUUGCAAAAUUACUUGCCCCCUUCAAGUUGGUAUUUAGUAGAUGCACCUUUGAUAGCAAUUACAGCCUGAAUCUGUAGACCAGCUUUGCAAAUCUGCACACUGCAAUUUUUCCCCAAUUCUUUACAAAACUGUUCAAGCUCUAUUAGAUUAUAUGGGGAUCGUGAGUGAACAGCCCUCUUCAAAUCCAUCCACAGAUUCUCACUUGGAUUGAGUUCUGGACUCUGACUUGGCCACUCCAGGAUAUUAACUUUGUUUUCAAACCAGUUCUGUGUAGCUUUGGCUUCAUGCUUGGGGUCAUAGUCUUGCUGGAAAACAAAUCUUCUCCGAAGUAGUAGUUCUCUUGCAAACUGCAUCAGGUUUAUGUCCAGGAUUUCCCCGUAUGUUGCUGCAUUCAUUUUGCAUUCCAGAGCCUGCUGCAGUGAAACAUCCCCACAGCAAGAUGCAGCCACCACCAUGCUUCAUAGUAGGGAUGGUGUGUUUUUGAUGUGCAUUUUGGCUUAUGCCAAACGUAGUAUUUAGUCUGAUGGCCAAAAAGCUCAAUUUUGGUUUCAUCACACCAUAGAAUCUUCCAGUCUCCCUCAGGCCUUCAGGUAGACAAGCCAAGAUUUCAUGUUACUAGUUUUUCUUUUGAACAGCGGCUUUCUCUUUGCCUCUCUCUCCCAUCUCAGCCACUGAAGCUUGUAACUCUUCCAGAGUAGUUGGGUUUCUUGGUGGCCUCCCUCAGUAGUCCCCUUCUUGCACAGUUCUUCAAUUUUUUUUGAGGAUAGCCUGCUUGAUGCAGAUUUACAGUGGGCCCUAUUCUUCCCCCUUUCUUGAUGGUUGACUUAACCAUUCUGAGGGGUAUUCAGUGACUUGGACAUUUUAUUGUAUCCAUCUCCUGAUUUGUGCUUAUCAAUAACCUUUUCACAGUUACUUGAAGAGUUCUUUUCAUGGUGUAGUUUUUGCCAGGAUACUGACUCACCAGCAGUUGGACCUUCCAGAUGUAGGUGCAUUUUUUAACUACAAUCAAUUGAACAACCCUGACUGCACCAGUGAUGAUUUGAUGUGUCACAUUAGAGAGGGUGAAUAGUUGUGCAAUCAAUUAUUUUGUUUGAUAUUUGUAAUUCAUUUAGAUCACUUUGUAGAGAUCUGUUCUCACUUUGACACUUUUUUCUGUUGAUUAGUGCCAAAAAAAAGCCAAAUCAAAUCCUGUGUGAUUCAAUGUUGUAAAACAAUUAAAAAAAAAUAACUUAAACCGCUUUGGGUGUGUAGGUAGGCACUGUAUGUUAAAUAGUUAAAUAAGUAGUGCAAAAAAUACAAAUUAGUGAAGCAUUCAUGGGUUCAAUGUCCAUUCAUAAAUUGGAUACAGAGAAGAACCUCCCACCCCCACCCCAUUGCAGAUGGUGAUGCAGCCAGUUAGAAUGCUCCAGCGAAGAGGACACCAGCAAGCAAUUCCUGAAGUGACAUCUUGCACAAUCAUUUCAGCUUGUAUCUUCUAAUUAUUUUUAUAUUAAUUUUGUUUUUGUAAGCCUGUGACUUAGCUGUUGUUCGAUCAAGUGAGCUAGCACUCUGCUGUCCCCGAAAAAAAAACUCCAGGAGAGAAAAGUGAGCAUAGGCUGAAACAAGACAAGGAGCCAUGAGCGACUACAUUUCUUGGCAAUUAAAGCAUUGUAGUAAAUAUCAAGGCAAAUGUGGAGGAGAGUGAAUGGUUCUUGGAGAGGCUGCUGUUUCAUUUCACUUUCCUGAGGGGCCACUGGUUUGAGUUGCUGCCUGGGGGGGCAGGGGGCUGCAGGGUCCUGAUGCUCUCAGAUGUUAACAAAAUUCUUAAGAUUUCUGGAUUGGAAUGUAGUUAACAUGGGCCUCUCAGUUCCGUUUCUUUCUUGUGUUCUUGCUCGUUCUUUCUUGUUGCUGGGGGUUUGGGUGAUCUGUUAGCUUUUGUGUGAAGGAGGGGUUGGGGGUAUUUGGAGUUUUUUUCUGUGGGAAGAUUGAUGUCUUUCUUUCAACUACUUGUAUGGUUUUCUGUAUUCUAUGGCUAUCUGGAGGAGACAAAUUUCAGAGUUGUAUUCUGCAUAUAUACUUUGAUAAUAAAAUAAACCUUGAACCCCUCAUGAUACAUCUGUAGAAAUUUGCAAGUUUUUUAGGUCAGAUACCAAAUCUCAGACCAAGGAGCUAUAGCUGCUGUCUUGCCACCUUUGUAGCUGCAUUGACAUGGUCAGGUUAGGUCCUUGGAGAUAUUGACACCCAAGAACUUGAAAAUGCUCACUCUCACUUCUGAUCCCACUAGGAUUGGUGUGUGUUCCCUCAAAUUACCCUGCCUGAAGUCCACAAUCAUUUUUUGGGUUGUCUGAUGUUGAGAUCAAGUUUGUUGCUGCAACAUCACUUAUAGUAGGUAUAUCUUGCUCCUGUAUUCCCUCUCAUCACUGGCUGAGGGUUUGUCAAUUUUAUAGAUGGCAUUGAUCAAGUCCAUCACCAGGACAGAAAUGGCUAUCAAAUAGGCAUGAUUUUAAGGUAAUUGGAAGAAAAUGUAAGGAGGAUGUCAGGGUUAAGUUCCUCCCAUGGAGUGCUGGGUGAUGGAACACCCUGCCAGGGCUGGUGGUAGAGGCAGAUACAUUGAGGCAUUUAAGAGACAAAUAGGCACAUGGGUGAAAGAAAACUAGAUGGUUAUGUUUGAGCGAAGGGUUAGAUUGAGUAGGUCAAAAGGAUAGUACAUCAUGUGCAGAAGGGCCUGUGCAACACCAUUUUGUUUUAAAUUCACUUGACAUUUCUACAAUUUAGCCUUUUAGAAACACCUUAUAGCGUUGCAUUAAUUUACGGGGGGGGGGGGGCAGGAACA